AUGGAUUGCAACAAAGUGUCUGAUUUUGUUUACCCUCUUAGUGAUAAGCCCGCCAAGUUUGAAUACAAGCUAGUCAACCAAAAUGGGAAGUUGGCUGAGGUCCCACUACACAAGGAGUAUCAGAGGCUCUCAUUGUUUGAAGAGAAGCAGCCCUUCUGUCAACAGGAAGUAACUGCGGAAUGCUUAGAAUCGACCGACCGUACCGUGGCUGCUGAACACACACAUGAAAACUCUCGGAAGAGAAAUGCUGGUGAUGACGAUUCGGCGGAGAGAGAUAGUAUGAUCUCUUGCGAAGACAUAACUUCUUCGGACACAGACUCCAACACUCAAGUUUCGGCCCUGUCACGCGUGCAUUCUUAUCGCACAAAUGGCCUUUUACAUCCACCAACUAAGAAGAGAUUGACCUCAGGGUAUGAUCUGAUAGGUUCGGCCAGCUUCCAAGUAGAGUCACCAGGCAGUAUGUCCACUGCAAUAGUGCCUGGCGUGAAUAGCAACAUGAGCACAGUGGAUGUUAGUGACAAUGGGCGAGAUAUGAUGGCAAAUAUGCAAAGUCAGGUUAGCACCAGUCACAGUUUAGGAGAGGGUAUUAAUGACAACAACAACAACAACAACAAUAUUAACAGCAAUCAAACUGGUAACCUCGUACGAGACCAGCUACGUCGUCCAAAGACACCAAAUACAAUGAACUCUCCUAGUCAGACCCCAGUGUCGGAUAUGGAAGAGGACCCGAUUCAACAGUUACCACUACCUUCGCCGAGUGCAUCUCCUAUUCAGCUGGAUCAUGAAAAUGAUGACGAUGUAUCUUCUGAAACUCCUAGAAGAAUGGGCCAACGGUUGAAUUUAGAAAUGAUUGAGAGUCAUAUGGCAAGUAUUCCAAGCACUCAAGCUGAGUUGAUCAACACAAUAAAACAUUUAUCGCAGUUUCUCUCACCACAAAAUCAAAACCAUUUGAUUUUCCGGUUGUUGCAGAAAACAAAUCGGUCCUCGUUGAGCACGUUUAAUGGUUUGCUACAUGAUUCCUUGAAACGUGACUUACUUGGCAAUUUACCAAUUGAAAUCGCGAUGAAAGUUUUGUCAUAUCUAGACGCUGACACGCUUCUUUCAAUAUCUGAAGUGUGCAAAAAGUGGUUCAAAAUCAUCAACAAUACUGCUUUGUGGGCCAAUUUAUUGAAAAGAGACAAACUUAUAACUGAUGAAAACGUCAUCAAGUAUGAACUAAGCGAUACCACAGAGCUACUUAGCGAAUGGUGUACACUACCUGACGACAUUAACCCUGCCCAGGUGUUGUACAAGAAGCGGAGGAUGAUUGUUAAUAGGUGGCUUGAUCCUAAAUUCAAACCAAAAAGAAUAAGUGUCAAAGGGCAUGGCAAUAAAGUGGUUACUUGUUUACAACACGACGAAGAGAAGAUUGUCACUGGUGUCGAUGACAAAUAUAUUCUCAUAUACAGCACGCAAACGGGCCAGUUGACGAAAGUAUUGGAGGGUCAUGAUGGGGGAGUGUGGGCUAUGAAGUACUACAAAAACACUUUGGUGACUGGAUCUACCGACAGAUCAGUUCGAAUUUGGAACAUGGCUACUGGGAAAUGCACACACGUGUUUCGUGGGCAUACCUCUACCAUUAGAUGCCUCGAUAUAAUAACCCCAUCGGUUAUAGGAAAAGAUGCUCAUGGGGAAGAUAUUGUUUUCCCGGAACAUCCAUUGUUGAUUACGGGAUCUCGUGAUCACAAUAUUCACGUUUGGAGACUACCUAUUCUACAAGAAGAUGCUGUCGAUGAAGUCACGUUUGAUAGCGGGGAAAGUGAAAACCCGUAUUUAAUAGCAGUUCUCACAGGCCAUACUCAAUCGGUGCGCUCCCUUUCAGGAUAUGGAAAUAUUAUCAUUUCUGGUUCGUACGAUUCUACAGUGCGCAUUUGGGACUUGCUUGAUAACGGGAGAUGUAAACACAUUUUACAAGGUCAUCAAGACAGGGUUUACUCAACAGCAAUAGACUUUGACAGAAAAGUUUGUUUUUCAGGAUCGAUGGAUUCCACUAUAAAUAUUUGGAAUUUUGAAACUGGCGAGUUGUUGAAAGUGUUGGAGGGACACUCCUCGUUGGUUGGGUUAUUAGCUUUGGUGGACGGUGUAUUGGUAUCUGCUGCUGCUGAUGCAUCGCUUAGAAUCUGGGAUCCUGCGACUGGUGACUUGAGAAGCAAGUUGAGAGGACAUGCUGCUGCUAUAACAUGUUUUGAACAUGAUGGGUUGAAAGUGGUUAGUGGAAGUGAAAAAAUGCUCAAGUUGUGGGAUGCUCAACGCGGUGAAUUUGCUAGAAACUUAUUAGAUGAUGUAACAGGAGGAAUUUGGCAAGUGAGGAUCGAUUACAAGAGAUGUGUUGCCGCUGUGCAAAGAGUCAACAGCGCUGACGAAGGUGAAACGUAUAUCGAAAUUUUGGAUUUCAGUGAAGUUCCAAACUUUCAAAGUUGA